UAACAAAUGUUUCUUAGAAAGUGUAUGAGUUAUUUACACGUUCAUGAUAGCUAAAAAGCGCAGUGUCACAUACUAAGCUGCUAUAUUCCACUUUACUUGAUUAAACUUAUGUUUAUAUCGUGCUUGUUAUGAACCUCUUAACGAUACCCCAUAAUAAUUACUAGUUCCAGAUGUAAUGUCAUGUUGAUAAAAUAAGAUAAAAAACUAAUCUUGGUGAUUUAAGAAUAGAGGUUACUUUAACAAUUCGUAAACACUUCUGAUAGUACCAUAUAAAACGCCAAUUAUCUUGUAUUGAUGUUUGCAAUUUGAGAUCCUUUAACCUAAUCGAAUAUUCACAUUUGCAUAAAUAGUGAACUAUCAGUGGGGAAAAAUUGCCUUUUAUUUACUGUUAAAUACGUCUGUAGAGAACAGUUUUUAUACGAUCAUGAUAAGUGUAAAAACUUAUAUUUCAUAUAUGAUCUUAGAAUAGUAUUAAUUGUGUUCCAAGUACUUUAAUAAAGAUAAUAUAAUCCAUAAUCAUGUUUGGUACUUUGCGUAAUAAAUUUCAAACAGUACAAGAAGGUAUAUCGGCUAGUAUUCGAGGAUUAACUGUUACCGAGACCCCAAAACAGAAGAAAUCUGUUAAUAUCCGUAAUGUUAAUUACGAUGCGGGAGCUGAUAUUUUACAUAGAUAUCAGUUACAGUGGAACGAGUUACACGAGCUCACAGAAGAAAAUGCAGAGAGAGCCCAAAUGGCAGAUAAACUUAUAGGAUGUAUUUAUGAAAGACUCGAACAAGAGUGGAAAAGUAUUACAUGUUUAAAUAGCACUUUAGCAUACAUUCCAAAAAUUAACAAUGCGAUACAGGACCUGAUGGAUCAAAUAGGAACAUUACAAGAAACAUUCGAAGAAGUAGAAGGUGCUAUUUAUCAAUUAGAAGAUCUAAAUGAAAUGUUGGAUUUACAAAGUAGACAGUUGGAUCACAGAUUUCAAUUAGCUUUAUAUGAAGAAAAGAAACUUGUGGAAUUAAAUAUUGUAAAAGCAAAGUUAGCCAAUGAACACACCGAAAGAGUAUCCCAAUAUGAACUCAAGCAACAGAAGAUGAUGAAAGAAAGACGAGAAACGUUUGAAGAAGUAUUCAAAGAGCAACUCGAAGAAUAUAAAGCAACUGGCUCAAUAUCAAAGUUACCAGUAACACAACAAGGACCAUCUUUGGAUGACAUAGUUUUAGAUGUGGAUUCAACGACAUUUGAUGAAUUUUUAGAAAAUUAAAAUGUAACAUUUUAGUUUUAAGUGUUUUAUUCAUAAUGUAAAUAUUUUAAAUAAAGAGAUAUAUCAAUUA